CGAGGCCCUGGGCACGGCAGGCCGGUUAGGGGAAAGGCAAAGUUUGGCAAUGUAAGUGUAGGGGAAGAAGUGAGAGUGAGACACAGGGGAGGGGGAGAGUGCCGAGCACCGUGCAGGAAGUGUCACCCGACCCCUAGGAGCUGCCCUCACCGUAACCCCCCCCACAUCCACAUCUGGACGGGGAUCCCACCUACACGUGGAUUAACCCCCACCCACCGCCGCCAAUCAUUGCUGAUAUUUCCUGUGGUUCGUUAAAUACCCCUCUGCAGAGGCAAGACAGUCAUGACCGAGCAGGACCCCAGCUCCCUGCCCUGGUCCAUCAACAGGGAUGACUACGAGCUCCAGGAGGUUAUCGGAAGCGGAGCUACGGCGGUGGUCCAAGCCGCUUACUGUUCCCCCAAGAAGGAGAAGGUGGCCAUCAAAAGGAUUAACCUAGAAAAAUGCCAAACCAGCAUGGAUGAACUACUGAAAGAGAUCCAGGCGAUGAGUCAGUGUCAUCACCCCAACAUCGUCUCCUACUACACCUCCUUCGUGGUGAAAGACGAGCUGUGGCUGGUAAUGAAGCUGCUAAGCGGAGGCUCCGUCUUGGAUAUCAUCAAACAUAUAAUCGCGAAAGGAGAACACAAGAAUGGCGUCCUGGACGAGCCGAGCAUCGCCACCAUGCUGAGGGAGGUGCUGGAGGGGCUCGAGUAUCUGCAUAAAAACGGCCAAAUCCACAGGGAUGUUAAAGCCGGGAAUAUCUUGCUGGGCGAGGACGGCUCGGUACAAAUAGCAGAUUUCGGAGUCAGCGCUUUUCUGGCCACAGGGGGCGACAUCACCCGGAAUAAAGUGCGUAAAACCUUCGUGGGCACGCCAUGCUGGAUGGCGCCGGAGGUCAUGGAGCAGGUUAGAGGGUAUGAUUUUAAGGCGGAUAUCUGGAGUUUUGGUAUCACGGCUAUUGAACUAGCCACCGGCGCGGCCCCCUACCACAAAUAUCCUCCGAUGAAGGUUUUAAUGUUAACGCUCCAGAAUGACCCGCCAACUCUGGAAACGGGCGUACAAGAUAAAGAGAUGCUGAAAAAAUACGGGAAGUCCUUCAGGAAGAUGAUCUCUUCGUGCCUUCAGAAAGACCCAGAGAAGCGGCCAACAGCGGCGGAGCUUCUGAAACACAAGUUUUUCCAGAAAGCCAAGAACAAAGAAUUCCUGCAAGAGAAAUUACUACAAAAAGCUCCAACCAUCAAAGAGAGGGCCAGAAAGGUUAGGAGAGUUCCGGGAUCCAGCGGUCGGCUUCAUAAAACGGAAGAUGGCGGCUGGGAGUGGAGCGACGACGAACUGGAUGAAGAGAGCGAGGAGGGCAAAGCAGCCGUGAUGCAGCUUAGGUCUCCUCGUGUGAAAGAUUCGUUACCCAACUCAGAGGUGUUUCCCGCCGGAGAGCCCACCGGGACCUUUCUCCAGGCUCCAGCACAGUCCUCAGCUAAUCUACCUCAACCAGCGGGACAAGCUGCUCCCUCCCAGGUGUCUGUCCCUGUCCCAGCGUCCGGGCAGACCCCGGCUGCCGUGCCUCCAACUCAAGAAGAAGCUCAAGUCAUCAGUUUAGUCUUACGAUUAAGGAAUACAAAAAAAGAAUUGAAUGACAUUCGAUUCGAGUUUACUCCAGGAAGAGAUACAGCUGACGGCGUAUCACAAGAACUUGUCUCGGCCGGGCUCGUGGACGGAAGAGAUGUAGUAAUAGUUGCAGCCAACUUGCAGAAGAUUGUAGAAGAGCCUCAGACGAAUAGAUCGGUGACCUUCAAACUGGCCUCCGGCGUGGACCCCUCUGAUAUCCCGGACGACGGCAAACUGGUGGGAUUCGCGCAGCUCAGUAUUAGCUAAGCUACUGUUACCCCGAGCUGCUCCUUAAGAAACCCCCAUGUGCAUCUUUCUAAUGCUUCUCUUGGCCUAAGGAAACCACUACUGCCAAAGAAUCAAAAUCUGGCUUCUUUCGGAGCUGUAACAACGCGUAUUAUUAUAAUUAUUAUUUUAUUUUUAUUUUUUUUUGUCUAACAAAGGUCUCUAACUUAGUGUAACGGGAAACACUGGGAGGUCCGAGCUUUGUAUUCAGUAAACAAAAAGCAUUUCUGCACAUGACAAAUUUUUGGAUUUUGAUUUUAUUUUCAUGUGAAACACCCCCCUCCCCCCCCGGGGUAAAUGCUUCAAUGGCUUUGGAACCAGCGGCGAAACGCGUCGGGCUCCCAACGCUCACCGAAGGGCCGCCUUUUACCAUACAUGCUUUGUUGCCUUAUGUCACAAUACUACUGAGUAGGAAACAAAUGGGUUUCUACCACUCAAAAAAAAAAAAAAAAAUUUAAAAAAAGGCAAAGUGAAAUUAGUUCAGAUUUUUAUUGGCUUUAAUUUAACAAAAAACAAAAAAAAAAAGUCUCUCUAAAUAAAAACCUCAUUAAUUUGAACCGGUCAUCCUGGCUGAAUUUGUAAAAGGGAUACGAUUUGAAAAGUGUAUUCUGGCAGAAUUUUUUCACACUAAAUAUUAACUGAGAAUGAGCUCCUUAAAUUCAGUGUAAUUUAAAAAAAAAAAAUAAAAAAAAUAUGCGUUUGGUUUUGGUAUCAAAUGAAGUCACUGGCAGCCAUCUUGCUCCGGUCCAAUCUUUAAAUGUGCAUGGUCACCACCUGUUUUUAUGUUUUUUUAAGGUUUUUGAACACUGUAACCUAUGAUUAUCUUUUUAGAGUUUAUUUUAUGCAAGAUCAAAAAAAAAAAAAAACAACUUAAAAGAUACCUUGAAAUUUGAUAGUAUUUAUGGAAUAAGUAUUGCUAAUGACCUAUUAAAGCUCAGAUGUUGACUGU